AUGAGUCUUUUUGAUCCUUUGGGGCUAGUGGCACAUUUUAUCAUACAUGGCAAGAUACUAAUGCAGGAGGUGUGGAAGUACGGUUCUGGCUGGGACGAGUCGAUUCCCGAAGAACUGUUUGAUCACUGGAUUCGUUGGAGCAAUAUGCUGAAACAAGUAGACCGGGUCGAAGUUCCUCGAUGCUUUUUUAAAGGCGUUUUGAGUAGCGAAUUGAAAAACAUACAAAUACACAUUUUCGUGGACGCAAGCGAGGCAGCGUAUGCUUGCGUCGCCUAUCUAAGAGCAGAAGUAAAUGAUGUUCCCCUUAGUGCAUUUGUUGCGGCUAAAACCAAAGUUGCUCCCUUGCGCCCACUUUCAAUCCCUCGUCUCGAACUACAAGCGGCGUUAAUUGGGACAAGGCUACUCAGCAGUAUUAUUGGAGCAAUCGAUCUUCCAAUUAAAAGACGAUACCUUUGGACAGAUUCCCAGACUGUGCUGGCUUGGUUGCGUUCGGACAGCAGGAGGUAUCAUCAAUUCGUGGGCUAUAGAGUUGGCGAAAUACUGACUACUACUUCUAUUGAUGAAUGGCGGCACAUUCCAACCAAGUUGAAUGUGGCAGAUGAAGCGACAAAGUGGGGAAACGGUCCAAUUUUCACCCCAGAUUCCAGAUGGUACACCGGUCCGGAAUUUCUACGUCAAUCAGAGGAUGAUUGGCCGAUUGAUCCCAAGGAUGCACAACAAACUGACACAGAUCUCCGAGCGGUAUUCUGUUAUCACGGGCAAGUAGUAGAUACAACAAUAGAUAUUUCUCGUUUUUCGACAUUAGAUCGUCUAUUGCGGUCUAUGGUCUGUGUUUUAAGAGCUACCAAGGCGUUCCAGAAGCAGAAGGUUUGUGGACCAAUCACGGCUGAGGAAUUUCAGGCUGCCGAGAAUUUAAUUUUCCAUCAAGUACAGACAGAAGUUUAUCCUGAAGAGAUGGGAAUUCUGCAGAAAAACAACGAGUCGAAAUUAAAAACCACAAUAGGCAAGUCCAGUCCAUUAUACCAACUAUCCCCUUUUCUUGAUGAAGCGAACGUGAUGCGUAUUGACAGUAGAAUCAGAUCGGCACCAAGUGUACCCUUCCAUUCAAAGUUCCCUAUUAUUUUGCCUAGAAAUCACCCGCUGACAAAUCUCCUUGUUGAGAAGUAUCACAAACGUUUUGUCCAUGCGAAUAAUGAAACAGUUUGCAACGAAAUGCGCCAGAAAUUCCAUAUUCCAAAUCUGAGAGUUGUGAUUAAGAAAGUUGCUAAAGAAUGUCCCCUUUGUAAAUUGCGGAAAGCAGUUCCACAUCCCCCGAAAAUGGCCGUCCUGCCAGUUGUGCGUCUAACACCAAAUAUCAAACCAUUUACACAUACUGGCAUCGACUACUUCGGCCCGUUGCAGGUCAAGCAGAGGCGCAGUUUGGUGAAACGCUGGGUGGCCUUAUUCACCUGCCUGACUAUUAGGGCAGUUCAUGUAGAGGUAGUCCACUCUCUAACUACUAAUUCCUGCAUUCUAGCAAUCCGUAGGUUUAUCGCUCGAAGAGGGCCACCAAUUACGAUUUACUCGGAUCAAGGGACAAAUUUCAAAGGCGCGAGAAAUAUAUUGUUGGAGCAGUUACAACCGAUUCACGAGAAGUGUGCCAUUACCUUUACUAAUGCAUCUACACAGUGGUACCUAAAUCCACCCGCAACCCCCCACAUGGGAGGCGCUUGGGAGCGCAUGGUGCGCUCAAUUAAAAUUGCGAUGGAAGCAGUGGCAAAUCAUGCACAAAAUCCAUGCGACGAAGUUCUUGAAACGGUAGUGUUGGAAGCUGAAGCGAUCGUGAAUUCCCGCCCACUUACAUACGUGCCACUUGACUCGGCGGAAACGGAAGCGCUAACGCCAAAUCAUUUUUUGGUGAUUGGAGAUAAGGCAGUAACACAGCCAAUGAGCGAAACCUUAAUGAGUGGUAGCGUACUACGGGAUAGUUGGGAAUUGACUCGACGACUUGUAGAUAUUUUUUGGACGAGAUGGAUUAAGGAAUAUCUACCUACACUAACGAGACGUUCGAAAUGGUUCGAAGCAACGAAGCCCUUGCAGCCAGGCGAUGUGGUGAUUAUCGUGGACGAAAAAAAGCGGAACGGGUGGAUUCGAGGGCGUGUACUGGAAGUGAUACCAUCAUCUGACGGAGAAUUUCGUCGGGCGUAUGUCAGGACGCCUAAUGGCGUAGGUUUAUAUUCAGCUGUCAGGUUGGCGCGUUUGGAUAUCAAGGAUUCCAGGGAAGACAAGGUAUCGACUAUCCCGGAACAUCACGAAGGGGGGAAUGUUGGCGAAGCCCCUCGUAAGCUGGUUGAAAAUGAGAUGUGA